GUCUGCCCCCUUUGUGUGUUUGUGAGGAUGUUAGCUAAGCUGUGCCUGUGAGGUUGGGAGAGAGAGAAAAGGGGGACGGAGCCGCGUGUUUUGGGUCGUUGACGGCUCGUUUUUGAAUUUCGCUUAUUAUUGGCCCCGCCGGCCUUGAAUGAAUGAAGACUAAAUGACGACAACAGCUUGACUUGUGUUCAUUGUUGCACCGCGCGCGCGAGAGAGUGAGGCACGGAGAGCACACCUCGACCCGGGACUAAACACACAACCUACUCGCCCACCACCCCUCCCUUCCUGGACACCCCCGGUCCAUUCUCCAACGGUCCCACGUCAUUUUCCCUCCUCCCUCGUCGACCGAGGAGCAAGGUUUAGGAGGGAUUAAUUCGACCAGCAAGGAAUACAAUUGAAGCGCUGGGGAAAAUGUCGUGCAGCGAGGACGACAGGGACGACUUUGGAGCGGACGAGCGCUCACUUCUCCACGAUGAGGACGAGCCGGAGGAUGCUGCGUCUGACGUAGACGAGGUGCCGAAGACGAAGAAGAAGAAGAAGGCGAAGAAGAGCAGCCGAGAGAGCAGGAGCAGCAAGAGGCAGAGGCCCCCGAGAGAGGAGUUGCACGUCAGCUCCCCAGAGCACCUGAUUGGCAUUGAAGCAGCAGAGAGAGAUGCAGACGAGGGAGGUGUGCGGUCAGAGAGUGAAGGAAGUGAUUAUGCCCCCGGGAGGAAAAAAAAGAAACGCUCCGGCUCUGCCAAAGACAAGAAGAAAGGAGGUACAUCAGCAGAGAAAGGAUCAUCCAGCUCAAAGAGCAAACGCAAAGAGCCAGAACCAGACGAGGAUGAGGAUGAGGAUGACGAUUGUCAGCCUAAAAGCUCUGCCCAGCUGUUUGAGGCCUGGGGCAUGAAGGACAUUGACCAUGUCUUUACUCAGGAAGACUACAGCUCCCUCACCAACUACAAGGCCUUCAGCCAGUUUGUCAGGCCUUUAAUUGCAGCCAAAAAUCCCAAAAUUGCUGUGUCUAAGAUGAUGACUUUGAUGAUGGCUAAGUGGAGGGAGUUCAGCACAAACAACCCUCUGAAGGGUUGUGCCACUGCCAAUGCAGCUCUGGCAGCUGCCAACGUGGCUGCAGUUGUGGAAAACAUGGUGGUGGCAGGGACAGAGGGGGGGUCAGAAACCGUUGCUGCUACUUCACUAACAACUGCUCCUACUCCUGUCGCUGCUUCGACACCUGCUGCAGCACCAGCGGCCCCGGCACCUCCACUCCGCAAAGCCAAGACCAAAGAGGGCAAAGGCCCCAAUGCUCGCAAGAAGUCAAAGCCUGCGUCUAAGCCUCCACCGAAGCCCAAACCCAAGAAGGUGGCACCACUCAAGAUCAAGCUUGGGGGACUCAACAGCAAGAGGAAACGCUCCUCUAGUGAUGAAGAUGAACAAGAUGUGGACAGUGACUUUGAUGAUGGGAAUUUCUCAGUGUCAGAUGGCUCCAGCCGCAGCAGUCGUCUUAAGAAAAAGCCCAAGAGUGCAAAGAAAAAGAAGAAAGUGGAGACGGAGGACGGCGACGGCUAUGAGACAGACCACCAGGACUACUGUGAAGUGUGCCAGCAGGGAGGAGAGAUCAUUUUGUGUGACACCUGCCCCAGAGCUUAUCACAUGGUCUGUCUGGACCCUGACAUGGAGAAAGCACCAGAGGGCAAGUGGAGCUGCCCACACUGCGAGAAGGAGGGGAUCCAGUGGGAGGCCAGGGAUGAUCUCUCUGAGGGCGAAGGAGAGGAUGAGGAAGACAGGAGAGAUGAAGGAGUGGAGGAGGAAGACGACCACCACAUUGAGUACUGCCGGGUGUGCAAGGAUGGAGGGGAGCUGCUUUGCUGUGACACCUGCCCCUCCUCCUAUCACAUCCACUGCCUCAACCCUCCUCUCCCUGAAAUCCCCAAUGGAGAAUGGAUCUGCCCCCGCUGCAAAUGUCUACCAAUGAAGGGAAAAGUCCAAAAGGUCUUGACUUGGCGCUGGGGAGAGCCGCCAGCUCCCACACCUGUUCCACGACCUGCUGAUCUUCCUGCUGAUGCUCCUGAUCCGAAACCCCUGGUGGGCCGCAGGGAGAGGGAGUUCUUUGUCAAAUGGUGCAAUAUGUCCUACUGGCACUGCUCCUGGGUGCAGGAGCUACAGUUGGAGCUGAACUGCCAGGUGAUGUUUCGUAAUUACCAGAGGAAAACAGACAUGGAUGAACCUCCGCCUGUGGACUUUGGAGGCGAGGGUGAUGAUGAUAAAAGCACAAAGAGGAAGAACAAAGAUCCUCUUUUUGUCCGCAUGGAAGAGGAAUUUUACCGUUAUGGAGUUAAGAUGGAGUGGCUGAUGAUUCACCGCAUCCUCAACCACAGUGUUGACAAGAAGAACAACGUACAUUACUUGAUCAAAUGGAGAGAUCUGCCCUACGAUCAGUCAACCUGGGAAAUGGAAGACAUGGAUAUUCCAGAGUUCGACACCUACAAACAGACAUAUUGGAAUCACAGAGAGCUGAUGGUGGGUGAAGAAGGCAGACCUGGCAAGAAGCUGAAGAAGCCAGUAAAAGUCAAGAAGGCAGAGCGGCCUCCUGCUAAUCCAAUUGUAGAUCCCACUAUCAAGUUUGAUCGACAGCCGGAGUACCUGGACAGCACAGGGGGCACUCUGCAUCCCUACCAGCUAGAGGGGUUGAACUGGCUGAGAUUUUCCUGGGCCCAGGCCACAGAUACGAUCCUGGCCGAUGAAAUGGGUUUAGGCAAAACUGUACAGACAGCGGUCUUCCUCUACUCACUGUACAAGGAGGGUCACUCCAAAGGUCCUUUCCUGGUCAGUGCUCCCCUGUCCACCAUUAUUAAUUGGGAGAGAGAAUUUGAGAUGUGGGCCCCUGACAUGUAUGUGGUGACCUACGUAGGGGACAAAGACAGCAGGGCUGUCAUCAGAGAGAAUGAGUUCUCUUUUGAAGGGAAUGCCAUCCGAGGUGGAAAGAAGGCAUCCAAGAUGAAGAAAGACUCAACUGUGAAGUUCCAUGUUCUGUUGACAUCUUAUGAGUUGAUAACAAUUGAUCAGGCAGUGCUGGGUUCCAUUGAAUGGGCCUGUUUGGUUGUGGAUGAAGCGCACAGACUCAAGAACAACCAGUCAAAGUUCUUCCGAGUGUUGAAUAACUACCCGCUGCAACACAAGCUGCUGCUGACCGGCACCCCUCUCCAGAACAACCUGGAAGAACUUUUCCAUUUGCUUAACUUCCUGACCCCAGAGAGAUUCAACAACCUGGAAGGCUUUCUGGAGGAGUUUGCGGACAUUGCCAAAGAGGACCAGAUCAAGAAGCUCCAUGACAUGCUGGGACCACACAUGCUCAGGAGGCUGAAGGCUGAUGUUUUCAAACACAUGCCAUCAAAGACUGAGCUCAUUGUCAGAGUGGAGCUGAGCCCCAUGCAAAAGAAAUACUACAAGUUCAUUCUAACUCGUAACUUUGAGGCCCUAAACACUCGUGGAGGAGGAAACCAAGUCUCUCUGCUGAAUGUGGUGAUGGACCUUAAAAAGUGCUGCAAUCACCCCUACCUCUUUCCUGCAGCUGCUACGGAGGCACCAAAGCUUCCAAAUGGCAUGUACGAGGGCAAUGCUCUCACAAAAUCUUCAGGAAAACUGAUGCUUCUUCAAAAGAUGAUGAGGAAACUGAAGGACGGGGGCCACAGAGUUCUGGUCUUCUCUCAGAUGACUAAAAUGCUGGACCUACUAGAGGACUUCCUGGAAAAUGAGGGAUACAAAUACGAGAGAAUUGAUGGAGGAGUCACUGGCAACUUGAGACAGGAGGCCAUCGACCGUUUUAAUGCUCCUGGUGCUCCCCAGUUUGCUUUUCUCCUCUCCACCAGAGCUGGUGGUUUGGGCAUUAAUCUUGCAUCUGCCGACACUGUGAUCAUCUAUGACUCUGACUGGAACCCCCACAAUGACAUUCAGGCCUUUAGCAGAGCUCACCGUAUUGGGCAGAACAGGAAGGUGAUGAUCUAUCGCUUUGUCACUAAAGCUUCUGUGGAGGAGAGGAUCACACAGGUGGCAAAGAAGAAGAUGAUGCUCACCCACCUGGUGGUGCGACCUGGCCUCGGCUCAAAAACAGGCUCCAUGUCCAAGCAGGAGCUCGAUGAUAUCCUCAAGUUUGGAACUGAAGAGUUGUUCAAAGAUGAAGUUGGAGAUGGGGACAACAAGGAGGAUGACAGCAGUGUGAUCCACUAUGAUGACCAGGCGAUUUCACGCUUGCUGGACAGGAACCAGGAUGCCACAGAUGACACCGAGCUUCAGAGCAUGAACGAGUACCUCAGCUCUUUUAAAGUGGCCCAGUACGUGGUUAAAGAUGAAGAUGACGAGGAGGAGGAGGUGGAAAGGGAGGUGAUCAAACAGGAAGAAAGCGUUGACCCUGAUUACUGGGAGAAAUUGCUUCGACACCACUAUGAGCAGCAACAGGAGGACCUUGCCCGCAAUCUGGGCAAAGGCAAAAGAACUCGAAAGCCGGUCAACUACAAUGACGGCUCCCAGGAGGACCGAGGUAUAAGACAGGAGUGGCAAGAGGAUCAGUCAGACAACCAGUCUGAUUACUCUGUAGCUUCAGAGGAGGGUGAUGAAGACUUUGAUGAGAGGUCUGAAGCUAACGCUCGCAGACCGAACCGCAAAGGGCUAAGGAAUGACAGGGACAAACCUCUGCCUCCACUCUUGGCCAGAGUGGGCGGAAACAUUGAGGUGUUGGGCUUCAAUGCUCGCCAGAGAAAAGCAUUCUUGAAUGCAGUGAUGCGCUAUGGGAUGCCUCCACAGGAUGCUUUCACCAAUCAGUGGCUUGUCAGGGACCUCAGAGGGAAAUCUGAGAAAGAAUUCAAAGCUUACGUGUCCCUGUUCAUGCGUCAUCUUUGUGAGCCGGGGGCUGAUGGAGCCGAGACCUUUGCAGAUGGCGUUCCACGUGAGGGUCUGUCAAGGCAGCACGUGCUUACUCGCAUUGGUGUCAUGUCCCUCAUAAGGAAGAAGGUGCAGGAGUUUGAGCAUGUGAACGGUCAGUGGUCAAUGCCUUGGAUGGCAGAGCUGGAGGAAAACAAAAGGGCUGCAGCUUUGGCUGCUGGUGAAGACCCCAAAACCCCUUCUAGUGGGACACCCGCAGACACACAGCCCAACACACCAGUCCCAGAGGAUUUGUCUAAAUCUGAGGACAAGGAAGACCUGAAGAAGGAGGAUGAGGAGGGAAAAGGAGCCAAGAAAAUGGAUGAUCCAGAGAUUAUUGAAAUCCCAGAUGAGUCGGAAAAGUCCCCUGUGAUGGAGAAGAAAGAAGGAGAUGCUGAUUCCGCUGCAGGAAAAGAGGAGAAAGAGAAGGAGACAGGAGACAGAAAUGAAGGGAAGGAGAAGGAAGCUGAAGAUGUGAGCAAAGACAGAGACAAAACUUCAGAGACAGAGAAGGAGACUCUGAGUGACGUCAAGGGUGAGGCUACAGAGAGCAAGAUGGAUUCAGACGAGUGUAAAGCUGAGGAAGGCAAGGAUGAAAAAACUGGUACUAUUUCCCCUUCAGAAGAAAAGAAAGAGCCAAAGGAGGAGAAGGACAGUUUGAAAACAGACGAGCCUGGUAAACUGCAGAACGGGGAGAAUGUGAAAGAUUCUGGAACAGCUGCGCCGGUGGUUAACGUCAGCGAAGAGAAGAAGAAAGCCACCAAGCAGAGGUUCAUGUUCAACAUCGCAGACGGAGGAUUCACAGAGCUUCACUCUCUGUGGCAGAAUGAAGAGCGGGCCGCCACCGUCACCAAGAAGACCUUUGAGAUUUGGCAUCGUCGCCAUGACUACUGGCUGCUGGCUGGUAUCAUACAACACGGUUACGCUCGGUGGCAGGAUGUGCAGAACGAUGUGAGGUUUGCUAUCCUGAACGAGCCCUUCAAAGGGGAAAUGAGCAGAGGAAACUUCCUUGAGAUCAAGAACAAGUUUCUGGCUCGCAGGUUUAAGCUGCUGGAGCAGGCGCUGGUGAUUGAGGAACAGUUGCGCCGGGCGGCCUACCUCAACAUGACUGAGGACCCAGCCCACCCCUCUAUGGCCCUCAACACCCGCUUCAGUGAGGUGGAGUGUCUCGCCGAGUCUCACCAGCACCUCAGUAAGGAGUCCAUGUCUGGAAACAAGCCUGCCAAUGCAGUGUUGCAUAAAGUUCUUAAACAGCUGGAGGAACUGCUGAGUGACAUGAAGGCUGACGUCACGCGUCUCCCCGCAACCAUCGCCAGGAUACCGCCAGUCGCCGUGAGGCUGCAAAUGUCGGAGAGGAACAUUCUCAGCAGACUGGCCAGCCGGGGCCCUGAUGUUACUGCUCAGAGCCAGUCACAGACCUCACAGAUGCAGGUGCCGCGCUGAUCGGUGACCUCAGGCACAUCACGCUCACUGACUGUGGCCAAUCGGGACUCUCCGAGGCCUCACCGCCAUGUAGCAGACGUCCUCGCCCUCAACCACCAUGUACAGCACAGUCAGGUUAGUCCUCCGCGCUCUGCACCCACAGCCCAUCGGCAUCAGCUGCCCCUCUGGACCUUGAUUUAAAUGACUGGAACUGUAGAUUUAGUACAGGAGUGAAUGGAAGAAUAGAAACGCGUCUUUCUCCUCCAGUGGCGUUAAGUUAAGUCCUCUAACCUGAGCACCGCCUCGUGACUGAACUGCAGGCAGCUUCACUGUUCUGUCUCCACAGCAGUCGAUGUAACUAAAUGUGUUAUGACGCUGAAGCGGCAGCAUGUUUGGAGUGAACUGGUGCUUUUGUAGUAACGUUUGGGUUAAUUCACAAUUCAAAGGAUUUUAUUGUGCAUCGUUACAAAAUUAUUAAAUUUUAAACUUUUUUUCCCAACUCUAAUGUCGUCCUGUGCGUGCGUGCGUGCGUGCGUGCGUGCGUGCGUGUGCGCCUGUGUGUGCGUGUGUAUGUCUUUCCUGUAUAUAUGUAUGUAUAACCUUGGCAAACCGAUGUGCAUCUCUACUGGAGACUGCCCUGACACUGAGAAAGCGUUACUGUCACUUUGGUUAGUCGUAUGUUUUACCUCUUUCUAUCCUGAUGAUGCCUGUCCCACGUCAGGUGACUCACCCCCCAACCAGCACCUUGACAUUCCUUACUGCACCACAGAUUUGCUCCAUAAAAACAUGGAUACGUAACAGCUCCGCAGCUUUUAGGUACAUGGGAUGAUUUUGAAAAUGUUCGCAAUCUUAAGUUAAUUUAAUUUCUUACUGUCUUUGGUUAUUUUGUGACAUUAUUAAAUAUCAUUAUUAUUAUUAUAAUAAUUAUUAUUAUGGUUAUCACCUUGUUGUUUUUAUUGUUGCGGUUUGUUUUUAUGGACUAAAAUAAAAUGUCAACUGUU